CCAAAACUCCACAAAAGUUAUAUUCACACACACCUCUCUCUCUCUCUCCCCUUCUUAUCUCAAACAUAACACACAAACCAUUACAAAAUAAAAAACAUAUAAUCAACCCAGAAAGCUAAAGAAAAGUUCUCUCCUUUUUCUUCCUCACGAAAUCUCAGAAGGUGACAAUGAUGAUGAUAUCUCUAUAAAGUAUCCUUUCAGAAAUUCUAUCUUUUCUAUUACAUGGAGAAGAAGAUAGAUCAAGAGGAUCAUCAUCAUCAUCAUCAACAACAACAACAACAAAAGGAGCUCAACAGUACCAAGAACACAGAGACGAAGAUCGAGAGCCAAGAACAACAACAACAUCAACAACAGAAGCAACAAAUCUCACAAGCAUCAUCAUCAUCAUCAUCAUCACACAUGGCGAAUCUUGUCACGUCAUCAGAUCUUCAUCAUCAUCAGUUGGAGCUAGCUGGGAACAACAUCAAUCUCUCAAGCAUCUUCGAUACUCCAAUAUCUUUACCUUUUCCUUAUUCUUAUUUCGAAGACCACUCCUCUAAUAAUCCCAACUCUUUCCUCGACUUGCUCCGACAAGAUCAACACCAAUUUGCUUCCUCCUCUAAUUCCUCUUCUUUUUCAUUCGAUGCCUUUACUCUCCCCAACAACAGCAACAACAACAACAUCUUUUUUACGGAUUUGCCCUUGCCUCAACCUGCAACAGCAACAACAAAGGCUGAGUCAUCAGAAGUUGUGAACACGGCACCGACAUCUCCAAACUCAACCUCAGUCUCAUCUUCCUCCAACGAAGCAGCAAAUGAUAAUAAUAAUACUAAUAAGGAUGUUACUGUUAAAGAUCAGGAAGAAGGCGAUCAACAGGAGCAAAAGGGCACUAAGCCACAGUUGAAGGCAAAGAAGAAGAACCAGAAGAAAGCAAGAGAGGCUAGGUUUGCGUUUCUCACGAAGAGCGAUAUUGAUAAUCUUGACGAUGGUUAUAGGUGGAGAAAGUACGGCCAGAAAGCUGUCAAAAACAGUCCUUAUCCCAGAAGCUAUUACCGUUGCACCACAGUGGGUUGUGGAGUGAAGAAGAGAGUGGAGAGAUCCUCCGAUGAUCCUUCCAUCGUCAUGACAACCUACGAAGGUCAACACUCUCACCCUUUCCCCAUGACGCCACGUGGACACAUCGGAAUGCUUACGUCGCCAAUCCUCGACCAUGGUGCAACCACAGCGUCAUCGUCAUCAUUCUCUAUCCCUCAGCCACGCUACUUGCUGACUCAGCAACAUCAACCUUACAACAGCAUGUACAACAACUCUCUAAGCAUGAUCAAUAGAAGCUCAUCCGAUGGGACUUUCGUAAAUCCAGGGUCAUUACCAUUUCCUGGAUUUGGUUAUGAUAGGUCACAAGGAUCUACUUCAACUUCUUCUUCCAUUAGAGAUCAUGGAUUGCUUCAAGAUAUUCUUCCUUCCCAGAUCCGAUCGGAUACUAUUAACAUCCAAACCACUGAAGAGGAUAAGAAAUGAGCUUCUCUUUUAAUUUUUCCCGAGGCAAUUGUCUUUUUUUUUGCCGGAACCGGUUGAUAGGGUUUAUGACGAGUUUUUGGCCGGUUCAGAUAAAUUGAUAUUACUGGCUGGCUUUCUAAUGUCUUUUCUUCAUCAAUAUUUAGCAUCGUUUUUUUUUAAUCACCAUGAAGCAAACAACCGAUGCAAACUAGGAAUAGAGGUUUGUAGCAUAUGUGAUAUAUAGAUAUAAUAACUUCAUUUUUUGUUUGAGUAUUAAUGUCAUUUUAUUUUAAGAGACUACAGACAGAGGAUGGUUCAAUCUACAAUUAUUUUUGUAUUUGAUUAAAUUUAUAAUUAUGCAGUAGUAUGAGUUAACGUUACAUUAUAGAGUUUUUAUACCAUUAAUUUAAUUUGUAAUCAUGCUAUCAAAU